AUGGAAAACAGUACAAUUUCCUUUUACUUUAACCUCACCAUGUUCGUGAAUAUUGGACACUACCGCUAUCCAGCCUUUCUUUUUUGCCUCCUGCUCUACAGCUUUAUUGUCUUUGCUAAUCUUGUCAUAGUACUGGUGAUAUCUCGAGAAAAGACACUACAUGAGCCCAUGUAUAUGUUCAUUGCUUUGUUAUCUGUGAACGCUCUGUAUGGUUCUACUGGUUUCUUCCCCAGAUUCCUCAUGGACAUUCUGUCUGAUACUCAUUUGAUCUCACAUUCAGCUUGUUUCACUCAGAUCUACAUUAUUUACACAUAUGCUUCCUAUGAAAUGACCAUUCUUGGUAUUAUGGCAUAUGAUAGGUAUGUUGCUGUGUGUCAUUCUUUAUACUAUCACAGAAAGAUGACUUUUAAAACUGUUUCAAAGUUGGCAUUAUUUGCUUUGAGUUUUCCAGCUUUUGCUCUCGUAGCAUGCAUUUCUUUGUCUGCCAGGCUUCCUCUAUGUGGUAAUGAGAUUGAAAAAGUGUUCUGUGCCAACUGGAAUGUUGUAAAAUUGUCAUGUGUUACCACUUUUGCAAACAAUGUUUUGGGGUUUUUCUUGACCAUAACUACAGUUUUCCUUCCUCUUUUUUAUGUCUUGUACACCUAUUUGCAAAUUAUACUUGUUUGCUGGAAACGCUCAGCAGAAUUCAAAGGGAAAGUAUUUCAGAGCUGUCUGCCACAUGUUGUUUCAUUUGUGAAUUAUUCCAUCAUAGGAUUUUGUGAUAUUGCCUUGAGCCGGUACAGUCUUAAAGAUAUAAAUCUAUUUGUGGCUGUAAUUCUGUCACUAGAGAUUGUUAUCAUUCCUCCAGUUCUGAACCCUCUUGUUUAUGGCCUUAAGUUACCAAAAAUUAGAAAACACAUUUUAAGGAUGUUUUCACGAUAA